UGUCACGCAUUAGUUGAUCGGUUCUGGUGUUAUCUGGUGGUCCGAGUGUCAGAGAUUGUGAGGAUUGAGAUGUCAGGGCUACUUGCUGUUGGGCUGAUUGCCCUCAUGACAGUGUCUGUGAGAUCAGAGGGAAUUCUGGAUUGUCUUUAUCAAGAUGACAGCCUUGAGUGUGGGAGGAAGACCGCGGAUGCGGCUCUUGAUAAGAUAGAGCUGGAGGCAACAGGGAGGAAAAGUCCCCCGAGCUUCAGCGAAGCCAUCGAGGAAACUGCUGGACUCUUUGUUGAGGGUGUGCAGACCAUUCUUGGAACUGAUGCUGAUCCUGCUGAGAGACAAGUUGACACUGGCAAUCGUGAAGCCAGGCUCAAGCUGUUCCUCAAGAAGAAGAAGAAGUUGGUGAAAUUCAAGAAGCUGAUGUUGAAGAUGAUUCCCUUCAUCAUGCUGAUGAAAGCGAAAAUUUCGCUGAUGCUCCAGAUGAUCUCCACGCACUUCCAAUCCAAGUUCUUCAUAAUCGGUAUCAUCAGCAUCCUCAUCAACGGGGCUAGACUCUUCCUGGAGCUCAAGAAGAAUCACAAUCCUGGCAAGGUCAUCUAUUACUCGAGUGCCGAGCAUCAGCAUCAUUAUGAUCAUGAUGACGAGGGGAACUGGAGGCGAUCCGUUGAGAAUGUUGGAUUUAAUCCACAAGAGAAAGCCUAUAGCGCUCACUUGCCUAACUAUUAAUACCAAUUGCCGACUGAUGACAAUUAUUUCUAUUAUUUCUAUAAUCAUGUGUACAUAUUUUACGAAGAUAAAUGAUCGAGGAAUGUCUGCCCAACUGAUCAUGGUGAUAUCGAUAAUGUCCCACUUUUUUAUGUGGAAAAUUGAUAUUCCACGUGAGUUACCUAUCGAAUUCGAACAACCGUUACGCUAAUGGCAUUUCCACUCGGUCAAAAUUAGUGUCAAUUAAUAUUUUCGGUUUCCCAAUCCAAUACCACGAGAUUCUCAAUCGGUUA